AUGGAGCUGAUCCAGGACACCUCUCGCCCGCCACCGGAGUGGAAGGGGUCUCCAUUAUCAAGUACUUUGGUAGAGGUACCGCACCCCUUGCAGAGCUUCCGGGCCCGGCCCGAUGACCUGCCUAUCACACCUACCCCAAGUCCGGGGACUACCUGGGUGAGUCAGAUUCUGUACAUGAUCUACCAAGGCGGCGCUGAGAAGUGUCACCGAAGCCCAUCUUCAUGCGGGUGCCUUUCCUUGGAGUUCAAAGCCCCAGGGAUUCCCAGUGGGAUGGAGACUCUGAAAGACACACCGGCCUCACGGCUCCUGAAGACACACCUGCCCCUGGCCCUGCUGCCCCAGACUCUGCUGGGAUCAGAAGUGCAGGUGGUCUAUGUUGCCCGAAACCCAAAGGAUGUGGCAGUCUCCUACUACCACUUCCACCGUAUGGAAAAGACGCACCCUGAGCCUGGGACCUGGGACAGCUUCCUGGAGAAGUUCAUGGCCGGAGAAGUGUCCUACGGGUCCUGGUACCAGCACGUGCAGGAGUGGUGGGAGCUGAGCCACACCCACCCUGUUCUCUACCUCUUCUAUGAAGACAUGAAGGAGAACCCCAAAAGGGAGAUUCAAAAGAUCCUGGAGUUUGUGGGGCGCUCCCUGCCAGAGGAGACCGUGGACCUCAUGGUUCAACACACGUCAUUCAGGGAGAUGAAGAAGAACCCUAUGGCCAACUACACCACCGUCCCCCAGGAGUACAUGGACCACAGCAUCUCCCCCUUCAUGAGGAAAGGCAUGACUGGGGACUGGAAAACCACCUUUACCGUGGCGCAGAAUGAGCGCUUCGAUGCGGACUAUGCGGAGAAAAUGGCAGGCUGCAGCCUCAGCUUCCGCUCUGAGCUGUGAGAGGGACUCCUGGAGUCACUGCAGAGGGAGUGUGUGAAUCAAGCCUGACCAAUGGGCUCAAGAAUAAAGUAUGAUUUUUGAGUCAGGCACAGUGGCUCACGUCUGCAAUCCAAGCGAUUUGGGAGGCUGAGCUGGGAGGAUCGCAAUAGGCCACACAUUUGAGACCAGCCUGGUAAAAUAGUGAGACCUCAUCUCUACAAAGAUGUAACGUAAUUAGCCACAUGUGCUGGCACUUACCUGUAGUCCCAGCUACUUGGGAAGCAGAGGCUGGAGGAUCAUUUCAGCCCAGGAGGUUGUGGAUACCGUGAGUUACGAUUAUGCCCAUACACUACAGCCUGGAUGACAAGCAAGACCCUCCCUCCAAAGAAAAUAAAGUUCAAUUAAA